AUAUUCACCAAGCGCGGAAGAAAUAGCCUGUUCUCGCGCAGUUCAUACUCACUGGUGUGAGAAACAGCAACUUCCUGGUUUUUUAUUUUUCUCCAUUUGUUGUUGGACGAGAUGUUACAUGACGGCAUAAAAUUCUCUUGAUGCGCUAAACGGGUAAGAAGGGAAUGCCAAUGGGUGUGUCAAUGGGGCAUCGCCAAAAGACCCAGGAAGAGGAGGACAUCUUGCCCAGGGACUCAGAAAAGAGGAAGCUCUCCCGGAAGGACUAUGGAAGCACCAGUAAUGACAGCUGCAGCGACUGCCCCACUUGUCAUGGAACAGGGCGCAUCCCGAGAGGUCAGGAAGGCCAGCUGGUGGCAGUCAUCCCCUGCAGCGACCAAAGACUGAAGCCCCAACGCACGAAGCUGUACGUAUGCGUGUCGGUGGUGCUGUGCCUCUUCAUCUGCGCGCUGAUCCUCUUCUUCCUCUUCCCCCGGACUGUCUCGUUGUUGCCCGUGGCACUCAAGUCAUCGUAUGUCUUCUUCCUGCCUACAACCAUCCAGAUGAAUCUCACGAAUGUUCUGAACAUCACCAAUGAGAACUUCCUUGCCGUCCAGGCCUGUGACUUGGACCUACAGGUCCUGAUCUGGGACACCAUUGUGGGAAAGGUCAAGAUCGCCAAUGUCACCACCAUCACACCACGCUCUCAGAAAGUGUACACUUACGAGAUUCCCAUUACAAUUGCAGACCAGGGCCUGAACAAUUACUGCAAGUCGACCUCCUUCAGAAUUCACACCUUGUUUUUGCAUUUACAGAUGACGAUGAAGGUGUUCUAUCUGGGACACGCCGAGCAGCUGUCCAUGGACACGUUCCAGUACGUUGAUUGCGGGAAUAACUCAACCACCCCCCACAUCGCUUAGCCCCUCCAUCCCGAGACCGUGGUAUUUUAGCACGCCGUGGGUGUGAAUUGACUCUUGAAGGGCUGAACUCUGGAGGCCAGUGUGAGGAGCUUUGGGACUCCUCUUCUGCUGGGCAGCCUGUGGCAGCCAUACAUGCCCAAGCCAUAACACCCCCGCCACCAUGUUUCACAGAUGAGGGGUGUGCUUUGGAUCUUGGGCAGUUCCUUUUGACCUCCACACAUUGCUCUUACCCUCACUCCUAUGCAAGUGAAUCUUGGUCUAAUCUGUUCACAUACCUUUUUACAAAACUCUGCAGGCUGUUUAGUUACUUCUUACCAAACUGUAAACUGCUCAUUCUGUUUUUGCAACUAACUAGAGGUUUGCAUCUGGUAGUGUAGCUUCUGUAGCUCUGUUUGUGAAAUCCUCUAUGGACAGUAGUCACUGUCACAUCCAUACCUGCCUCCUGAAGAGUGUUUCUGAUCUGUCAGACAGGUGUUUGGGAGUUUUUCUUCAUUGAAAAAUUGAGAAUUCUUCAGUCAUCAACUGCAGAGGUCUUCUUUGGCCUACCAGGAUUACUGAGCUCCCUAGUGCUUUCUUUUUUCUUAAUGGUAAAUGGACUGCAUUUAUAUAGCACUUUUAUCCAAAGCGCUUUACAAUUGACCAUUCACCAGAGCAGUUAGGGGUUAGGUCUCUUGCUCAGGGACACUUCGACACGUCCAGGGCGGGGCUCGAAGUGGCAACCCUCCGCCUGCCAGACAACUGCUCUUACCUCCUGAGCUAUGUCGAUGUUCCAAACAGUUGAUUUUGUAAGCCUAAGGUUCUGUCUAUGUCUAUGUAUUUUUUAUUAUUUCUGAGCCUCAUAAUGGCUUCCUAGACUUUUAUUGGCACAACUGUGGACCUCAUGUAGACAAAUGGCAAUAAAAGACUCCAAAGGCAAUCAAAAGCCUACAAUCAAGGCUAGAUACUGAAAACCCUCUUAUACAUGUACUAAGAAAGCAAUUGAACACACCUGACUAAUCAGAAACAUCUGUGAGGCCAUUUGUCCCAAAUAUUAUAGCGCCCUGAAAUGUGAUAAUAAACGCUGACAAUCUGCACUUUAA